UCCAGAUCUUUUUCGAAAGCUGGCUUUUCUGCCGCCAUAAUCAAUCUUGUACAGAAGCUCCGACGAGGCUGACUACAACCCAUGGAUCAUCUCGUCCUUCCGGAAGGCGCGAAGCCCUGGAUGAAGUUGGCGUACGAUUGCCCAGAGACUGAACAUUACGAAAACAUACCCGAUAAGGGUUUCGCAUACCCCGAGUUCUACAAGAGAGUUGGUUGGGCCUACGAUGAGGUAUGGGCGCAGCCUCAGCAAAGCGAGGACCUCCUCGGAGGAGUCGUAGAAGGCGAAGAGGAUAAGAUCCGCGAGCCCUGGGAACUCGACAAAUUCUUUCAGACGUGGCUUUUCUUCGGCCUCAUCAUCGAGGUGUUCGCCCUCAGCGGGAUUGAAGUAAAGACUAGUGAUUUCCUGGCUCCAAUUACGAGGAAGGCCGUCCAUAAGCCGCAGACGGCGCGCCUGAUCACGACCGCCAAGCUGCCGGAUUUGAUCAAGCGGUGGAGGGAAAAGCAUACAGCAUCAAGAGACGAAACAGUUUUUGACGGGGCGAUAAGACUUCUUGACCAUGUGGGCAAGAUCGUGGAUUACCAUUGUGCGGGCGGAAAAGAUCACCGGUCUAUCCACCAGUAUGGAAAGGUCCUGUGGUCGGUCGCAGAUGAAACGACAACGGCCAUUAUCGCAGUUGCUUUCACGCUCCGCAAGGCUGCAUUCGCCAUAUACAACAAGCCAGGCAAUGGGGACCGAUGGCCAGUCACCAAUUCCAUGCUCUUAUACCAACGCAUCCAGAGGAAGUGGUGCAAGUCCGAUGCAGCGAUGAUAAUGGAAGACUUUGACAUCGAUGGCCAGAAUUAUAUCGCCGCGGCAACAGGCCGCGCGCUCGAAGAACUUGACCGCCAUUAUGCUUGCACUGAUCGUGCGUGCGAAGCAAGAGUGGCUGACGGGACUUACGAGACUCAGCAUGACCCCAACUGCCACGAGGAUGACUACGAGCCCGAGCCCAAAUUUCUGGGGCAUGUGUAUCCUGAAUACGGCAAAAGCCCCGCAUCCCUUAGGGAAGCGAUCAAAGAUACCAUGGAUGCGGGCCAUUUGCCCGUCCUGAGAUGGGAUUCCGAGCAAAAGGGUCUCACAACGUACGGACACCGAAAAGACUCGUACGAGGAGGAUAGUGCCAAGAUCCCCCCAUUUGUAGCCAUCUCACACGUAUGGGCGGAUGGAAAGGGAAAUCCUUUCGACAACUCCCUUCCAUACUGUCAACUAGAAAUGAUUCAGAAUCUGGUUGACAAACUUUGCGCGGACUGCCUGCCACCAACAAGGCAGCACUCAAGCCCAGGUUUCUGGAUGGAUACCCUUUGCUGCAUUGUUGGCACUGACGACGAAAGCAAAUCUUACAAGAAGAAGAGCAUCCAGUCAAUGCGCGAGAUCUACGGCGAAAGCGUAGCAGUGUUGAUCAUCGAUCCAUGGCUGAUGUCAAUCCCAUCGACAGCUUCAGUGAGCGAAAUAUGCUACCGUAUAUACGCAUCAGGGUGGUCUCGCCGCCUCUGGACCCACCAAGAAGGAUUCCUUGCCCGCGAAGUUUACUACCAGCUCCAAGACAAGCCACUGAAGCUACCUGACGUGGAUGACCUGGCCAAAGAGUUUCAAAAGAAGAUGGCAUAUCAAGGUUAUCCGAUCGGAUUCCCACUUCAGGCCUCGGGGAAGACUAGCUUCUACUACACCACCGUUAAAACGAUUGUGAACGGCAUUCAAGAAGGGCGCAUUCCUCAAGAUAACAAGUGGAUCUUGUACGGACAUCUGGCUGAUUCGCUGGGAUAUCGAUCGACCACGAACAUCGACGAUGAACUUCUUUGUGUGGCCUCUGUCAUUGGAUUGACUGUCAAAACCUAUGCCAAACUGGAAGUCGAGAAGAGCCGAAAGCAAACAGCAGAGCUGCGAAUGAGGGCGUUCCUAGAAGAGAUCGGCCGUUUCCGCCAAGGCAUCAUUUUUAACAACUACAAGCGGCUUACCAUUCCCGGGUUCCGCUGGGCUCCAGUAUCCCUGCUGGGCCACCGAUCUUCAGGCCUAGGAGACAUCGACGAUUCGAAAGACUCCAAAAUCGAAGACUACAGCAAUUUAGCUCUGAACGAUAUACAUGUUGAGGUUAGCGCUUUGAACAUGAAAGUCAACAUCAACAAGUACAUACCUCGCAAGCUUGGCAUCGAUCGCCGCCUCAUGUCGAUGGUCUUGAACGAUAAGACGAUUCUUCUUCCGACGGUCGGCUUACCCGUCGAUUAUCCAGGCUACAUCAUCAGAUUCUCCUCAAAGACGCAUGGACUGACGAUCAAUAUGGCGGAACGAAGAUUCGGCCUCGCCUACUCUCCCCUCCCGACGGCCUACUUCAAAGCACCGGCAAUGCCGACAAUGCCCAAAGUUCCUUCCUUUGGCAAGGUCCCGACUCUUGGCAAAGGCAAGUUGGGUGGGUUUGGAAAGGCUGUCGCUGCACCAAUUGUCGAGGAGGUUCAGAAGGCUCCCAGCGUCGAAAUAACCGCCGAGGUUAUGUCGUACAAGUAUGUGGUCUUCGUUGCGGAGAACGACGUUGAGUGGGCGUAUGAUAGAGAGUACGUCCUGAUCGUGCAGAGGCCAUUGGGAGAGACCAGCUCUCAGGAGUUCCUGGCAAUGGUUGGGCGCAAAUCCGUGGGACCUGGGAAACGGUACUGGGUACAGUCGUUGUGCUCUGCGAUCGUACGGGCUAAGAGGCCAACUGAUGACCGCAAGGUUGAUGCUGGGAUUGAUUUCAUAGAUGUGUCACAGGCGAGUACGAAUUGGGUGGUCACCUGAGGUUGCUGUUUUGAGGCGAUAGGAAAGUUUCAAGGGGACAGAUUACCUCAA